CACUCCUGCGAGCACGCGGCAGCGUCUUUACGCACGCUCACCUGCAGUGUCAAAGUUUAGAGGUCGGGUAAAGGUCGUGUUUUGAGUUUAACCCCCAUCACAAGCAAUGGCUUCCAUAAGUUGGUUAACAUGCAGGCGGUUUUCUUGGCUCGUGCGGCGGCCGCUGCUGCUGCAGUAUGUUUGGGCUCCAGCGCGAGCGCUUCACCAGGGGAGCGCGCGACGCGCGGCGGAGAAAACCCCGCUGAACAGAUCACGAUCAUCACCGGAGCAACAGUACUUCACUGAGCUAGACAGAGCUGAUGCGCUGAUGCUGCGGAAGUCUCAUGAAACAGGAUUUUUGUCCUGGUUCCGGAAUGGUCUCCUGGCAAUAUAUUUAAUUUAUAAUGUAUAA